AUGGCAAAGCGCAGCGCCAUCGCAUUGCUCGCGAACAUGGGCGGGGCGUGCGGUACCCUCUGGAAGACUCAGGCCUGGAAGACUCAGGCCUGGAAGACUCAGGCCUGGAAGACUCAGGCCUGGAAGACUCAGGCCUGGAAGACUCAGAGGGCGCUCCGUCACACGUUGCUGAGUCUGGUCCGCCGGCGCCUGCCGCCCGUGGUGCCUCGAAGUAACGGCUACCUGGGCCAACAAUGCUGGCUGAGUCGUUGCCAGCUUCCGGCACCACCGCCGGAGCAGCUCCGAGAAUCCAGGUUAGUGCCUUGUCGCCGCGCCGACUCGCCCGUCAGCGCGAGUGAACUGCUGGACUCGCCCUCCCACAACUACAACGCGAUGCGCGGAGACUCGCACGAUAUCGCAGAUACGCAGGCCCCAGCAGCGCGCGAGAUUUUCCGAGCGCCCUCGGAGGCCCAGACCAUCAGCGACAGAGGCGGCUACUCGUACAGCAUCCGCCCCACUGAGACGGACGCCAAUUCGCCAGGUCGGGUCACGUUCUCGUAUUCCAGUGGAAACAACAACAACAGCAGCAGCAGCAGCGGCAGCGGGGUCGGACUGGCUGGCGCUGCCCCCGUGGCGCUGGCUCGUCCGUCAAUGAUGGAGCGGAAUAUCGAGGCAGUGAGCGAACCGACAAGUGCGGGGUUCGCUGCCAAGACGAAGCACUACAGUGGCCGCUAUCGGAGGUGGCCGGGUGUGGUGUUGAUCCUGGCGAUCGUCAUUGGAGGUGUGUUCGCUAUCACCUUUGCAGCCGUGCACACGCACUCAUCCAGCACGGCUCGUCAAGAGGCUUAUCAGAAGCGAAAGGCCGGCGCCUCUGCGAUCACUGGUGGUGCCAGUGGUAGCGGCAGUGACCUGGUUUCGGACGACGGUGAAGUGGGCAACCCUAAGUCGUACCCGGACAUGGGAUGCGAGCUCCCGGACUAUCAGAGCAAGGACGGACACAUUUACGCUGUCGCUUCGAACGGCACGGAGGUGGCCGUGGACAUCAAGGGCAUCAAUUGGUUCGGCAUGGAAACUGGCACAGCCAUCCCGCUUGGACUCUGGGACAACUCUGAGAACGGCACCACGGCGUACCAGAUCGCGUACUUCUUGGAGAGCAACAAGUUCAACGCAGUGCGACUGCCGCUCUGCAUCAAUUGGAUCCUCACAAACCAGGCGCCCGAGUCGACGCUGAUUAACACGGCCGAGAACCGGGCUAUCUCCAUCACGAGUUACAUGUCGCUCCUCAAGAGUCUCAUCAAGGCACUGGCGUGCCGCAAUUUCGGCGUGCUGCUCAGUUUGCAUACGCUUACGUCGUCGGUGAGCGGCGGUCUUUGGUACAACGACAACAUCACGCAGAGUGACUUCUUGGACGCCGUCGACACACUUACAGGGGACCUGUGCAGCAACAAGUACUGGAAUGUUAUCGGCCUCGACCUCAAGAAUGAGCCGUACGAGGGCACCUGGGGCGACGGUGAGGACACUGACUGGCGUGAAGGUGCACAGACCAUUGGAAACCGCAUGCUCAAGGGCUGCUCGAACUGGAUGGGCUUCGUGGAGGGCAUUUACGCCUCACACACACUCGCUGUCGACGACACCGAGUACAGUUUCUACGAUUGGUACGGCAGUGGACUUCAGAAGGCGAACGAGUAUCCGGUGGAGUUUACCACAGAGAACAAGGUGGUGUACGCGCCUCACUACUACACACCAGCUGUAUAUCCACAAGCUUACUUAUUCGGUGGAGGCACGAGCGGCGAUAAUGGCGAGCUGGACGACUACGUGGAGCUGUCGAAUUCGUCGCUAAAGUCGCGAAUUUCGGCCACGAUGGACGAGAUGUUCGGCUUUAUUGCGGAUAACAACUCGGCUGCUCUGCUACUGGGCGAGUUUGGUGGUUUGUACGCGACCGAUUUGAACCCGGAGCUUACGACGAAGCGCUGCACCGAUUACUCGAUCGAGCUCAUGGUGGAGAACGGUUGGGCGGGUGGCUUCGUGUGGUCCUUGAACCCGGAGAGUGCGUACCAGUACAACCCGUCCGACACGUACGGCACCUUUACCGAAGGCGUGCUGGAGGACGACUGGUUGACGGCCAACAGCGAAUUUUUGGCGGGCCUGGAGGCGAUGAACGACCUGGAGCAUCUGCGCAUGAUGCCGUGUUUUGAGACGGAGGACUCGGACUCAGGCUCGUCCGGUUCAGACUAA